GAAGUCGGAGGGACUCCGCUCCUCAUUGGCGAGGCCAACUCCCCCCUUCUCCUCCUCCCGAGGUCUCUUUUAUUUAUACACGCACACACACGCGUGCACAUCCCUGUGCCCGGGGCGGCCGGACCCCCUCCCAGUGGAAAAGCCUUGCCAACUGGGGAGGGCUGGGAGGGCAGGGAGAGCCUCGGCAGGCAGCAGAUAGCGUGUGGAGGAAGAGACGAAGGAAUUUUGUGUCGCCAGCGCCUGUGGGACUUGCGGCACCAGCAGUCACCUGGUGGGACCCUGCCCAAGGAUCUAGCCAUCCAGCUGUGAAGCCCACCAUGCUGCUCCCCUCUCUGAAAGCAUCUCUCUGGCUCCUUGUCCUCACUGGUCUGCUGGAGGUAACAUCAAGCGGCAGCGGGCUGCACAUCGAACCCGGAGAUGCUGAGCUCAUCCUUGGGCUCCACAGCACCUUCUCCCUCUUUUGCUAUGGGGACGGCGCCCUGGCCUGGGAACGGGAGGGUCAGCCCCUGGCCGCCUUGCUGGAGCACAGGGACGGCAUCUUCAUCAGCAACCUCACCCUCAGGAACGUGACGGGCCGUCACACCGGGGAGUACGUGUGCACCUACAGCCCUGACCAGGCUCCAGAGCCAGCAGAGAGGAAAACCAUCUACAUCUAUGUUCCAGAUCCCUCCCUAGUCUUCCUCCCCACAAUCACCUCUGAAGAGCUCUUCAUCUUCAUCACGGGCUACACAGAGGCUGUCAUCCCAUGCCGUGUGACCAACCCACAGAUGCAGGUGACCCUCUAUGAGAAAAAGGUGGAGAACCCCAUCCCAGCUGCUUAUGACCCACAACAGGGAUUCAAAGGCUUCUUUGAGGACAAGACCUAUUUCUGCCGAACAAUUGUGGAUGACCAGGAGGUGGAUUCAGACACCUUCUAUGUUUACAGGAUCCAGGUCUCAUCUGUGAACGUCUCCAUCAGUGCAGUGCAGACCAUAGUGCGGCAGGGAGAAAAUGUGACCCUGAUGUGCACAGUGAGCGGAAAUGAGCUGGUCAACUUCAACUGGGACUAUCCCCGCAAACAAGCAGGGAAGCCUGUGGAGCCGGUGACCGACUUCCUGCCCGGAUCCACCCACGAGAUCCGCUCCAUCCUCAUCAUCCAGAAUGCAGAACUGGAGGACAGUGGGACCUAUGUCUGCAAUGUCUCUGAGGGCUACCACGAGAAAACGGACCGGAAAGACAUCACGGUCCACGUGAUCGAGCGCGGCUUUGUGCGCUUCCACACCCGCCUGCCCAGCACGGUGUAUGCUGAGGUCCACAAGAGCCGCACCAUCCAGGUGGAGGUGGAGGCCUACCCACAACCCAGCAUCGUCUGGCUGAAGAACAACAAGACAUUGACCAUGGAGAGCAACAGCGAGUUCACCAUCACCAGCAGGAACCUGUCAGAAACCAGGUACCAGACGGCUCUGGUCCUGGUGCGGGUGAAGCAGGAAGAAGGAGGAUUUUACACCAUCCGGGCUUCCAAUGAGGAUGAUGAACAGGAAUUGUCCUUCCAUCUGCAGAUAAAUGUGCCAGCCAAAGUGAUAGAUCUCAAGGAGAACAGCAGUGCCAGCAGUGGGGAGCAGACUGUAACAUGCUCUGCCGAAGGGAUGCCCCAGCCAGAGAUCAGCUGGUCUUCUUGCAGUGACAUCAAAUGGUGCAGCACCAAGGGGCAACCCACCCGGCUGCUGGGGAAUGAGUCUGCGGAGAUCGGUCUGCAGACUAACGCCACGUACCAUGCGGAGCUGCAGGUGUACCGGGUGAACAGCACCCUGCAGCUGCACAGGGUGGAUGAGCCCCUGCUCCUGAGAUGCACCGUGCAAAACUUCCUGGGUGCCAGCUCCCAGGACAUCACUCUGGUCCCACACGCCUUGCCGUUCAAAGUGGUCAUCAUCUCUGUCAUCCUGGCUCUGCUGGUCCUCACCGUCAUCUCUCUCAUCAUCCUGAUCGUCCUGUGGCAGAAGAAACCUCGUUAUGAAAUCCGCUGGAAGGUGAUCGAGUCAGUCAGCUCUGAUGGGCACGAGUACAUCUACGUGGAUCCCAUGCAGCUCCCUUAUGACUCCAGCUGGGAGGUGCCCAGGGACAAGCUGGUGUUAGGACGCACUCUUGGCUCCGGUGCCUUUGGACGUGUGGUGGAGGCAACAGCCCAUGGCUUGAGCCAUUCACAGGCCACCAUGAAAGUGGCAGUCAAAAUGCUCAAGUCCACUGCCCGCAGCAGCGAGAAGCAAGCCCUCAUGUCCGAGCUGAAGAUCAUGAGCCACUUGGGACCUCAUCUCAACAUCGUCAACUUGCUGGGGGCCUGCACUAAAGGAGGGCCCAUCUAUAUCAUCACUGAGUACUGCCGCUAUGGGGACCUGGUGGACUACCUGCACCGCAACAAGCACACCUUCCUGCAGUCCUACGGGGAGAAGGCACGGCGAGAGGCAGAGCUGUACGGGAACACCCCUAAGGAGGACCAUGUGCAGAGUCAUCUCUCCGUAUCUGUUGAGAGCGAUGGGGGCUACAUGGACAUGAGCAAGGACGACUCGCUGGAUUAUGUGCCCAUGUCUGACAUGAAGGGUGAAAUUAAGUAUGCUGACAUUGAGUCCUCUAACUACGGCACCCCAUAUGAGUUGGACAGCUAUUCCCCAUCAGCUCCUGAAAGAACAGAACGAGUGACACUGAUAAAUGAGUCUCCGCUCCUCAGCUACAUGGACUUGGUGGGCUUCAGCUUCCAGGUGGCCAAUGGGAUGGAGUUCCUGGCUUCCAAAAAUUGUGUGCAUCGUGACCUGGCUGCCAGGAAUGUCCUCAUCUGCGAGGGGAAGCUGGUGAAGAUAUGUGACUUUGGCCUGGCGAGGGACAUCAUGAGGGAUUCCAACUAUAUCUCCAAAGGCAGUACCUUCUUGCCCCUUAAGUGGAUGGCUCCAGAGAGCAUUUUCAACAACCUCUACACCACCCUGAGUGAUGUGUGGUCUUUCGGGAUUCUCCUCUGGGAGAUAUUCACUCUAGGGGGGACUCCAUACCCUGAACUACCCAUGAAUGAACAGUUCUACAAUGCCAUCAAACGUGGCUAUCGGAUGUCCAAACCCACUCACGCCUCUGAUGAAAUCUACGAUAUCAUGCAGAAGUGCUGGGAGGAGAAGUUUGAGAUCAGACCAUCCUUCUCACAGCUGGUGGUGCUUAUGGGAAACCUCUUGGUGGAUUGCUACAGAAAGAGAUACCAGCAGGUGGAUGAAGAGUUCAUGAAAAGUGACCACCCCGCUGUUGUCCGCACAAGACCCACAAUCCCUGGGCUGAACAACACCAGGCUCGCUCCCAGCUCCCCCACCAGCAGCAUCCUCUACACAGCUGUGAACCAGAAUGGGGGCGAGAAUGAUUAUAUCAUCCCUCUUCCUGACCCCAAACCUGAGGCAACCUCUGAUCUCCCUCAGGAGGCCUCCAUCAGCCGGGCCAGCUCUACGCUGAACGAGGCCAACACAUCAUCUACAAUAUCCUGUGACAGCCCUCUGGGCCUUCGGCAGGACGAGGAGCAGGAAUGUGACCCCCAGGCAGGCUGCCAGGAGCUGACCACAGGGCACCAAGAGGUGGAGGAGAGCUUCCUGUAGUCAGGGCUGGGCUGAGUCUGCAUCUCCCCAUAGCCAGGACAGCUGAGGGGCUCACCCAGACAUCGCAGAAAGCCAUGCUUCGUGCUUGUUCCUGGGGAUAUCCCCACCUGUCCCAGCAUUCCUCCUUCCCUUGCAUCUCCCAGCACUGGGUGGGGAAUUAGAGACUUUUCCCCAUUGUCAUCCCCUUCCACCUUGCAAAGAGGUGGCUCAGUGCUAGGAACCUUCCAGAUCACUGCCACAUCCUCCUCAGUGAUCAAACCACUGCAGGAAAGGGACAUCUCACAGACCAACAUCUUCUUUUCAAGUGGAAGAUGUGGGCUAGAUCUCCACAAGACAUGACACUUGCUGCAUUGCUAAGAUGAUACUCCAGCCUCUUCCCCCUCCAUGCUCUUUAGAUGGCAACGAGUUUCAUCUCCUCUGUACCAGCACUUCUCUGAUGGUCUCAGCACCAGCCACGCUGUGGUUCUGUGAAAUGCCUCUGAGACAGAUGACUUGCUUGGAUCCCAUUUCUGGGGUGUAGAGAACUUGCAACACCAACCUUCAGCUGCUGGAGAUGAAGACUACAUUGGGUAGAUUCUCCUCCAAGCACAGCCAAGUCCUGGACAGACAAGCCAGCGUCUCAGAGAUACUGAAUCACUGUUUUCCUUUCUUGACAGCUCUUCUAUGGUGGAUAGAGCCUCACAAGCACUACAGGUACUCAUGGCUCUGGGGCACAGCUCUGCACCCACCUACAGGUGCUGUCACACCCCAAAACCUUUUGUGCCCAGCAUGGCACCAGGACCCCAAGGACAUGUGAGGAACUCGAAAUGCUCUCACAAUGACUCUGUUGUAGUAGCAAAGAGGGCAGUCCAGUGUUGUUCAUGUCGUUUGUGUGGUCACUAAGCUAAUAAUUCUCCAUUGAAGAUUUAAAGGGAACAAAUAUAUUAAUCCACUAGCCAGGGCCAGUAUAAGGAAGCAAUAUGGCUAUUCAUUAAUCUACUGCCACUAGGCCCAGCUCAUCUGCUGGGCAAUCAUAUAACCCUGACAGCUGCAGAAUCUUUGUGCCUUAUCUUUGGGAAGCAAGGGCUCCCUUUUGAUAGACUGUUCACCCAAACACUCUUCCUCAGGCUGGGAGGUCUCAGCAGUCCCUCCUGCGUCAUAGCAAGACCAUGGCAAGCAAUAAGGAUGCCAGAACACCAACCCAGGGACACCAACAAAGAGAGGGAGAGAGGCUGGGAAGCUGUUUGGUCACAGCUGAACUUAUCGCACAACCUGCCACCUUCUGGGGGCCAGGCACAGCACCUGCAGACUGCCAGGGCUGGGGAUGAAGUGUCAUGUGGAAUCAAGCAGAGCAAGAGGAAUCGUGGAGGAUUCCUCUCUCUUGGAAAGUGUUUUGAAGAACAAAAAGGCAGAGACCUUCCUCCAGCUUCUCGCCUCCUUCCUUGCUUCUCACAGGCACCCCUGGGACUUCUUGUGCUCUCAGCUGGCACUUGAAUGAGGAGACUCAAAGCAGGAGGCAUGCCAGGCUUUUGAAAUCAGUUGUGAAUGACACCUCUGCAGAGAUGAAAGCUGGACCCCAAAAUGACAAGUCUGACACUACAGAAACUAGCAGGGUUUUUUUUUCUGAAAGGAGAAGUUUUGCCUUGCACAGAGCUCUGUUCACUGCAUGCCCCCCACUCCCAUUAACCCCUUCAUUGCCCUUCUCAUGCACAUCUCUCUAUGCAUCCUGCAGAAAAAACUGCACAGGCAGGUUUACAAAUUCAGAAAUUCAAUCAGCAUCUUGCUGGGCUUCUGCCACUUCAGAGCUACUGAGAAUUUUUUUUUUCUAAAGUAUGAAACUUCUGCCAGAAAUCCCCAGCAAAACAGCUUGCUUCGUUUUAAGUUUUCUGUCAUUGCAAUGCUGCCAUUUAUGCAGCUAAAAUAGUAGAUAUUUUGUGGGCUGAUGUCCUUGGUAAAAUGUGAACAUAAGAAAUAACACUUUUAUUGGCAGCCAGCGGAGUAUAUUUUCAGCCCAUGUGGUCAGAUUCCCCACCAUCCAUAGGAAACACACUGUGAAUGACAACUGUUUUUCCAUCCUCUGUUCUUCCUGCUUGUAAUGAAGGAGCCAUCUUCUGUGGCCACAGCUCAUGAAAUGAUCCUAACUUCAGAGAAGCAGUAACUCUUGAGAUCCUUGGGAUCAGACCACUUUAUUUUUCUAACAUGUAAGGUGCUUGUUAGAGUCCAUGUCACUGCAACUUGAGCCCAUAGGAUGGCACAUCCGAUCAUCCUAGUAGCCCCUGUCUGCGCCAGCUCCAUUUUUAAUUAGUCCUUCUUUGACAAAAGUGACCAGAAGUACUCAGUACUCCAGGUGAGGUCAAAUCUAGACCUUGCAUAGGGCAUUAAUAGUUCUGGUCUGUACUGGAUUUGACUUGGCUGGUGUCGUUUUGGAUAAUGUUGGCCUUUUCCCAGACACAACAUACUGGUAGUUUGGAGUCAUCCUCUAACCAGUCUAAGCUCCUACAUCUUUCUACUCUUCCAGCAUUUCUAACCAAGAUACUCCCUGCUGUUCCAGACAUUGGGUCAUCAGCACAUUUUGUUAACAAGCUUUCAUUUUUGGGCUGGACUGACUAAUAAAAAUAUUAUAUGCUUCCAGCAUCAAGAACAACCCUGGAGAGCUACUUUUACUACCUCCAUCCAGCUCAAAGUUUUCCCCAUCAAUUAACCUCUCCUCACCCUCCCUUUGGCCAUUUGGUUAUUUACUUCAUCAAUCCCACACUAAACUCCACCUCUUGUACAGAUUAAUUACUAAUUAUAUUACUAAUUUCCCACUAUCACAUAGUUUCCAUGGUCCUGAAAGAGGAGAUCUAUUUCUUCUCCCUGCUGGGGGAACUUGGGUAUCCUGUCCUAUUAGCUGGGCAUUAGCUACACUUGGAUGCCUAUUGCAUUUUGGCCCAUUUGUAGACUUACUGCAAUUAUUCUUUGCAUCAAAACCUGUUCUGGCUGCUGACGGGGUGCUAUCCCCACCUCUCUCUUCCUUCUUAAAGUAGGUACACCAGACUCUGUAAAAUGGUACCGUUCUCUGCUCCAGAGAGAUAUAACCAAACGUUUGCCUUUGGCUCUGUAAUUGCAAGGGCCAAGUCUUGCACUUUGUGGUACUUUCCUGUCUUCCCCCAACUUUUCCCAUCACCAUUUUGCCAGGGCAUGCACACCCACUGCAGCAAGCGGGUCUUCUCAGCCAGGACAGGCUGGCAGCUGGGGAAAGCCAAGCUAUUUUGUUAAGAAUCCUUGCAAGUCUUCUCCAGGCAAGCGCUCUCUGCUCGGGGAACCAGCUCCAGCUCUGCUCCCUCUCUCUCUGCUGCCAACAUUCCGGUCCCUGUGUGGCCCCAAUAGGUGCAGGUCAGGAUAAGUCAUCGGCUGUUCUGGGCCCAUCACUUCUGUAGCCAUAAUUUCUCUGGUGAGGCUCUGAAGGGAACUGGUCCUUCUGAGGUUUCAGUUUCAAUUAUCAAUGGUUUUGUUUGGGUGUGUUUAGAGGUGGACCCACACUGAGCCCUCCAAAAAGGGACACUGCUCAGGCCCAUCUCUAGUGCAAUAUCUUUUAUUUGUAGAUUAUAUUUUACUCUACAGCUGUUACAUGAUUAUCAGCACCAGUAUAUGCAUAAUCCUACUGCCAGUCACUAUUUCAUACAUAAAGUAUACAUACAUUUCAUAAGUGUAUCUCAGAAACUAAUGUAACACUCCAGUGUUUCUUUCCACAUUUAAGAUGCUUCUCAGACUGAUGUGUGCACAGGUUUUAAUCCUUUUGUCCUUCUCGGUUUGAGCGUGUUGUUAUUUUUUUAAGUGAGAGUGUCACAUUUAGUGUUUGUUUGUGUCGUGUUGAGAAAUCUAGAGCACAGCGGAUUUCACUUGUAACUAAAUUGUCUCUGUUCACCUGACAAGGGGACUGUGGUGGAGUCCCAUGGGGAUGGGACGCAGAAGCGCAGUGCAGAUGUGCAGCCAGGAGGAAGCCAGAAGUGAGAAAUGGCUCUUCCCCUUCUUCCCAGUCAGGGCUCGGGGCUGGGGGAGAGACAGCACCUCAAAUACAGAGUACUGGGCAGCGGGUUGGGUUUUGGCUGGGGGGAAGCCCAAGAUCUGCCUGUGUAAAGCCGGGCUGAUCUGGAGAAGGGGAUUUCACAGAUGUCUUCUUUUUGGAGGUUUUUUCUAAAAUGACGUCAGCUAAUGUGCUAAGGAGGCAAACCUCGUUUUCCAGGGUACAGGCAUGAGGAAGGAGCACAUGAAGGUUGCCCCUCAGCCUUUUGGCAGCCUUUGCCCUGGGCCAUUGCAUGGGCAGAGAGCAGCCAGGGCACCUGCAGCUCCAGGUCCUUCCUGUGGCAGACCCCAGCCCAGCCUCGGUGCUGAGCGGCCAGGGCUGACUGCCACGGCGGAGUCAUCACAUUUUCUUUAGGACUUGCACAGGGCAGGCCAGGUAUUGUUAAAAAUCAGAUUUUGUGGUCAAGCACAUGGGUUGCUGGGCUCCCACCGUAAUUCCCACGUUUCACCUAGAGGGCUGAAGUCUCUGGGUUGUGCUGAGAUGGAUCCAGUUGGCUUUGACAAAGGCAGGGGAACUGCUCCAGUGUAGCUCCAGUGACUUUUUGGAGCAGUGACUCUUGUAGGGGUGGGAGGAGGCAGGGAAGCCGACUUGUGGUGGGAGGCCUGCAGGAUCCCAUCGUUCCUGUCCUUUCCUGCUUCAUGGGUUGCACCAAAAGCGCAAAGCUUGCCCAAAACAUGCCCUCUGCCCUCUCCCCAUCGUGCUGGGAUGGCUUUCUGGCACCACACUGUUACUCUGCAGCAUCUCUGAACAGAAGCAGUGCCUGCCUCCACACCGUCUGUCAGAAAACAUCCUGAGGGCAAAGGAAAAACAGAGUUCAGACUAAGGUACCAAAGAGUUAACAUUUUCCUAGGUUUACAGAUGUAUUUUUAGGAUUUGUACUAUGUCACAUUUAUAAUCAUGAGAUAUUAUUUUUAUGCUGUAAACUUUUACAAAUACAUUUUUAAAGAAAGAGUUUAAAAAUAAAAUAAAGGUGUUUUUCUUUUUGCAUA